CAACACAAGACAACAACAUGAACUCUUGUUCCUUCACUCUCUUCACCUUUGCCGCGGUUAUCUUUCUCCAGUGCUUAAGUUCCAUAGAAGCUGCAAGGUGUCAUCCUGAUGAUGAGGCGGGGCUUUUAGCUUUCAAAGCAGGUAUAACUCAAGAUCCUUCGGGCAUUCUCAUCAGCUCCUGGAAGAAAGGUACUUUUUGCUGUGCCUGGCACGGUAUUGCAUGCGGCGAGAGUGGGCGCGUCGUCACACUCGAUAUCGCUGGAGAGGCCGUUUAUGACAAAAAAUACCUCCCUAGUACUAUCUCGCCGUCCCUUGCCAAAGUGCAGCACCUCGAGUCGAUUUACAUCUUUCAACGUAAGCUCACUGGUUCUUUUCCUCAGUUCCUCUUCAAAUUACCAAAUCUACGUGUAGUGUAUUUGAUAUAUACCGGUCUCUCUGGUCCCCUCCCUGCCAACAUCGGUGCCCUAAGCCAGUUGGUAGCGUUGAAUCUUGUGGGAAACCACUUCACCGGUCCGAUCCCUAGUUCGAUAUCCAAUAUGACUCGGUUAACUGAGCUAAAACUUGGUGGCAACCGCCUCUCUGGAACCAUACCAAGUAUUUUCAAAUCCAUGAAGAGCCUCGAAACUCUUGAUCUCUCCCGCAACAGAUUGUCCGGGAAACUUCCUACGUACCUUGCAACGACUCUCAAAGACCUCAUACUAAGCGAGAACAAUCUAUCAGGGAUGAUCCCGAACGAUUUAUCGAAGUUGAAGGCUCUCAACAAUUUGGAUCUCUCCAAAAAUCGGUUCUCUGGGGUCGUGCCGAUGAGUUUUGCCAAGCUGACGGAACUUACCAGUCUCCAUCUCUCCCACAAUCUUUUAACCGAUCCGUUCCCUGCCUUAAAUAACACUAUAGGUGGCAUCGCAUCUCUGGAUCUAUCAUACAACAAAUUUCACCUAAAAAAAAUUCCCGAAUGGGUGAUCUCGUCGACGUUCAAGAGCGCGCUGAAGCUGGCAAAAUGUGGGAUCAAGAUGAGCUUUGACGACUUGAAGCCGGUGCAACUCAACGACUAUGGUUACAUUGACCUAUCGGACAACGAUAUCUCAGGAAGCCCCGCAUCAUUCUUGAACCAGACGGAUGACCUUUUACUAGAGUUCCGGGCAUCGGGGAAUAAACUCCGAUUCGACAUGGGGAAGUUGGAGUUUAAUAAGGCGCUGAAAGUCUUGGUUCUGUCAAGAAACUUGAUAUUUGGGGAGGUGCCCAAGACGGUGGUUGGACUAAAGAAACUAAACUUGAGUCAGAACCAUCUUUUCGGAAAGCUUCCUGCGACAAAGUUUCCCGCAAGCGCGUUUGUUGGCAACGACUGUCUUUGUGGCUCUCCACUUCCUCCUUGUAAAGCUGGGACAGUAGACUAGUCUACUACAAUUUUGUAUUCUGAUUUGUAUUUAAUUAAACUAUCACUAAAACUAAAGUAUGUUUAACAUACGAAAGCCCAA